AGAUUUUUCGCUAAUAUUUUAUUUAUUAAUCCUCUAAUACCCUUUUCCAUCACUCUCACUUCCCACCAUCUCUAUUUCCAUGAUCUGAGAAAUAAUUGCCUCAAAAUUGCACAACUAUAUGAAGUUAAAAACAUGGCUUUCAAUUUGAUUCUAUGGUAUCAUCCCAAUUUGGUUCUUAUUGUUUUUGUGCUCUUUUCAUGCUCCUUUUGUGUGUUCUCUUCAACUGAUGAAGCUGGUGGCAGUGGCGAAACCUUUACUGUUUCGAGCUUCAGCUACCCUGAGACUAGGCUCAGACCCUUUGAUUUGCGUUAUAUCAGAGUUGACUUGCCGCCAUGGUUCUCUGUGCUGUCUAUAGCAUUGAACUCAAAUGUAGACCUUGAUAUCUCAAGAAUUGAAACGGCUCCACAGAGUAUGUUGCCGAUCAUAUGCUUUAGAGAUGGAAGUCCUCCACUGCCAGAUGCCUUAAACAUAUCAAUGACGAAUUCAGCAAUCUCAGGGAUAAAUGGUCUUGAUGUAGAGCAGUGUUUUCCAAUGCAGAAAAAUAUCACUAUGACAUUGACAAACAAUCAGAUAUCUCCAGGUGUUUGGUACAUUGGCCUUUUCAAUGGCAUUGGACCUACAAGGACACAGUCAAAGAUGAUUAUCCGAGGUCCGGCAUACUCCUUCAUUGCUAAUAUCAGCGUGGAAGCAUGCGCAAAUUCAAUGAUGAGGGGGAAUUUCUGUAACAGUACAGUAUAUCCACUCUCAUGCACAUCUUCCGGUAACUAUAAUGCUUUGGCGGUUAUGGCGAACACGGCAGUAAUGGAGAAUGUUGUGACCUGCAGGAGUAGUUUUAAAAUGUUUUGUGGUCAUGAAGGUGUACCAAACUUCUUCUCCUUGGAUAUAAUGAAUGUGGCAGAAGAACUUACCUUUACAGUUAAAGAUGUCAGAUUCAACACUACAUCUUUGAAUAGCAGUUCUGCUGCAAAUGAUGUUCAUUUAAUGUGUUUUAUUCGACACGGUGCAAUGCCUUCGGCAACUUUGUAUGAUUAUACCAGUGAUUUAAAUAAAGUUCCAUUGGUUAUACAUUCUCCACUAAUUGGUCGUUGGUACAUUAGUAUAGUACCUGUCAAUCUUACGACAACUCGGGACAGCAAUGCUGGAGUUUGCUAUUCAAUGGUGUCGCAUCUGCUUCAAUGCCCUUUUGGGAAAGGUGGGCCAAAUUGUACAAUGAAUAGCUACAUGCUCCAGACAUUUGUAAGGAGAGGUCCAACCCCGUUUGAAUCGUACUACUUACCGGUCAAUGGCGGAGCAUCACAUGAUUCGGCAAACUUCCCUCUCGAGCCACUUUUAAGCAACUCAUCAUACAAUGGACAACCAGAUAACAUUUGGACUUUCUUUCUUUUGGACAUACCUCGCGGUGGAGCCGGAGGAAAUAUUCAUGUUCAGCUUUCCUCGGAUGUCAAGAUCAAUUAUGAAAUAUAUGCUCGAUUUGGUGGAUUGCCGUCGCUUGUUAGCUGGGAUUAUUAUUAUGUGAACAAGACAAGGAGAAGUGAUCCGUCAAUGUUUUUCAAGCUCUAUGAUUCAAGGGAUGACAAGGCUGAUUUUUAUAUUAUGUAUGCUAGAGAAGGAACUUGGGGAUUUGGUCUAAGACAUGUUAAUACCAGCAACGAUUCUUUAAAGGGGCCAACUAUCAUGUCAAUUUCGCUUGAACGGUGCCCAAAACGUUGUUCCUCCCACGGCGAAUGUAAAUUCUCUUUCGAUGCUAGCGGAUUGACAUCAUACAGCUUCUGCUCUUGUGAUCGAAACCAUGGAGGCUUUGACUGUAGCAUUGAAAUUGUAACUCAUCAAGGACAUGUUCGACAAUCAAUUUUUCUCAUUGUAUCGAAUGCUGCAGCCAUACUUCCUGCCUAUUGGGCCCUUAGGAAGAAGGCAUUAGCAGAAUGGGUUUUAUUCACAUCCAGUGGAAUUUCAAGUGGACUAUAUCAUGCAUGUGAUGUUGGCACCUGGUGUGCAUUAAGCUAUAAUGUCCUACAGUUCAUGGACUUUUGGCUCUCCUUCAUGGCUGUGAUUAGCACUUUUCUUUAUCUUGCUACCAUUGAUGAAGUAUUUAAGAGAGCAAUCCACACAGUUAUUGCUAUCCUUACAGCCCUAUUGGCAGCAACAAAAGCAACCAGGUCUUCCAAUAUUCUUCUUGUUAUUGUGAUUGGUGCUCUUGGUCUUCUUAUUGGAUGGUUGAUAGAGAUCUCAACAAAGUAUAGAUCCCUUUCAAUUCCAGUUAGAUUCCCAUUGAAUUUACGUCUCAGUUUUCAAACCAUAAAGACAUGGAUCAUUAGUCUUGUCAGGACACUUCUGAGACGGUACAAUUUGGCUUAUGCUAUGGCCGGUUUUGCCGCAUUGGCCAUGGCAGCAGUAAGCUGGACACUCGAAACUAGUGAAAACUACUGGUUCUGGCAUAGCUUUUGGCAUAUUACAAUAUAUACAUCUUCUUUCUUCUUCCUUUGUUCAAAGGCAAAUGUUGUGGAUAGUGAGAAUCAUCUACCAGCAAAUGGAAACUAUGAACUGACUCAUCAGAAUUCGCUUCCAAGAAGUGGUUAGAAUAACGUAUAAUCCCUCCGUCCAUGAAUAAUUGUCAGAAUUGAUAAAUUAUACAUCGAAAAGUUAAUAUAUCUGGUGGUACCUGGAGUCUAGAUACAUUAACAUUUCGAUGUACCAAAUUUAUCAAGAUAACAGUUAUUCUUAAACGGAGAGAGUAUGGGAUAGUUGUGUAGAAAAGAGAAUAAGGUGGAUCUUUUAAGAUCUUAGUAUUUUUGUGUUAAGGUGAGUUGGUGGCACAAAAAUUUGUGGCUGCCUCUAUUAGAUAAGAGGAAUAUAUAUAUAGCUGCUGACUUCAAAUCAUUCUAGGAGUGUGACUUGUGAGUUCUGAGGCCAAUAACAGUGAUCAAAGCAAAGAAAAGUGUCAUGUAAAUUCUCUUCAGCAUAAGGUUUGUUUUCUAUCAUUCUUUUAUAGGAUAUAAUAGGAAUCAAGCAAGGGAUAAUUUUUUGUAAAAUGGGAUUUGUUCAUAUGAUGUGAUUAUUAUUCAGGACAUAAAUUGUCUUUGAAUGGUAUAAGAUUAAAGCAAUUGUGUAAGAGGUGUAGUAUGAAACUUCAUGCUAAGUGUCUCAAUCAACUAGUGUUC